AACUGGCGACCUGCCCAGCGCCCGCCCCGCCCGCCGAGCCCCGAGCCCCAGCCCCGCGCCACCAGCAACACUCAGAGUGAGAGUGCCGCCAUGGCCGGAGCCCCCACCCUGGCCCUGCUCCUGCUCGGGCAGCUGCUGGCUGUGACCGUGAUGACCAAGGCUCAGAAAGUGGGACCUCGAGGCCCCCCUGGUCCCCAAGGGCCACCUGGGAAGCCGGGCAAAGAUGGCAUUGAUGGAGAAGCUGGUCCUGCAGGUCUGCCUGGGCCCCCGGGACCAAAAGGGGCUGCCGGAAAGCCAGGGAAGCCAGGAGAGGCCGGGCUGCCGGGACUGCCCGGCGUGGACGGUCUGACCGGUAGGGACGGACCCCCUGGGCCCAAGGGCACCCCUGGAGAUCGGGGAAGUCUGGGACCUGCGGGGCCACCCGGGCUGGGGGGCAAAGGUCUCCCCGGACCCCCUGGAGAGGCAGGAGUGAGUGGGCUCCCAGGUGGACUCGGCCUCCGGGGCCCCCCGGGACCUUCUGGACUCCCAGGCCUGCCUGGCCCCCCAGGACCUCCUGGACCCCCUGGUCACCCAGGGGUCCUCCCCGAAGGCGCUGCUGACCUUCAGUGCCCAGCCAUCUGCCCGCCAGGUCCCCCUGGGCCCCCAGGAAUGCCAGGGUUCAAGGGACCCACCGGCUACAAAGGAGAGCAAGGAGAAGUUGGCAAAGAUGGGGAGAAGGGUGACCCCGGCCCCCCUGGGCCCGCCGGCAUCCCAGGCACCGUGGGGCUGCAGGGCCCUCGGGGGCUCCGAGGACUGCCAGGGCCGCUUGGGCCCCCAGGGGACCGGGGUCCCAUCGGGUUCCGAGGGCCCCCCGGGACUCCAGGACCGCCCGGGAAAGCGGGUGACAGAGGCGAGAGGGGCCCAGAGGGGUUCCGUGGCCCCAAGGGUGACCUUGGCAAACCUGGUCUCAAAGGAGUCCCUGGAGUGGCCGGGCCGGGUGGAGAGCCGGGCAUGCCAGGCAAGGACGGCAGGGACGGUGUGCCAGGAUUCGACGGCGAGAAGGGAGAGGCCGGUCGCAAUGGUGCCCCAGGAGAGAAGGGACCCAACGGGCCACCGGGUCUCCCAGGACGAGCAGGGUCCAAGGGCGAGAAGGGAGAACUGGGCAGAGCUGGAGAGCUGGGCGAGGCUGGCCCCUCGGGGGAGCCUGGUGUCCCCGGAGAUGUUGGCGUGCCGGGGGAGCGUGGUGAGGCUGGCCACAGGGGCUCAGCGGGGGCUCUGGGCCCACAAGGCCCUCCCGGGGCCCCUGGUGUCCGAGGCUUCCAGGGCCGGAAAGGCAGCAUAGGGGACCCUGGCCUGCCAGGCCCCCAGGGCCUCCGAGGCGGCCUGGGCGACCGGGGCCCGGGAGGAGACGCAGGCCCUAAGGGAGACCAGGGUAUCGCGGGUUCCGACGGUCUUCCUGGGGAAAAAGGUGAAGCGGGUCCCAGUGGCCCUGUCGGACCCAAAGGAGAGUCUGGCAGUCGAGGGGAGCUGGGCCCGAAAGGCAUCCAGGGUCCCAACGGCACCAGCGGCGUGGAGGGUGUCCCGGGCCCCCCUGGGCCCGUGGGCUUGCAGGGUGUACAAGGCAUUCCUGGCAUCACCGGGAAGCCCGGGGUCCCGGGUAAGGAAGCCAGCGAGCAGCGCAUCAGGGAGCUGUGUGGGGGGAUGGUCAGCGAACAAAUCGCACAGUUAGCCGCUCACCUGAGGAAGCCUUUAGCACCAGGAUCCAUUGGUCGGCCUGGACCAGCUGGUCCCCCAGGCCCCCCCGGGCCCCCAGGCUCCAUUGGUCACCCAGGUGCUCGAGGGCCCCCUGGAUAUCGUGGUCCCACCGGAGAGCUGGGAGACCCUGGACCCAGAGGAAACCAGGGGGACCGAGGAGACAAAGGCUCGGCUGGCGUGGGCCUGGACGGGCCUGACGGGGACCAAGGGCUCCAAGGACCGCAGGGCGUGCCUGGCGUUGGCAAGGACGGCCAAGACGGGGCCCACGGCGAGCCCGGCCUCCCUGGCGACCCUGGCCUUCCCGGGGCUGUUGGUGCUCAGGGGACCCCUGGCAUCUGUGACACGUCGGCCUGCCAAGGAGCCGUGAUGGGAGGAGGCGGGGAAAAGUCAGGUGCUAGAAGCUCCUAAAACACAACUUAAGGAGAUGAGAAAGUGACGCCAAUUUAAGCAGUGGGUUCUGGAGGGACACCCCAGGGAUUGGCAGCAUUCUGUUCUAAGGACAGGACGCCACGCCGGGACGUCCAGCCUGGCUUUCCUGGCCUGCCCCUCCGAGUCCUCAGUGGCAGCGACUGGACACUUGGUCCCUGAGUGCAGCCUCCACUGAGCUGCUGUCUCUAUGUGUACUGACAGCAAUCCAGCCAGCUGUGACGCUGUCCCUCAGACCCAGGCCCUGGUAGAAGAUCUGUCGCCCUACCAUCUGCAAGGGACACAGGGUGUACAUAUACAAAGUUUUGUACAAUUCCAUGAGCUACACAACAUUUAGCAACUUGUUUACAUAGCACUUGUGUAAAGACUAAGCUAUAAUCCAAAUAAAAUGAUAGAUUAAAUCUUCAGAUUAAUGCCUGGCCACAGUGAAACAAAAAAAUAAAGGACUUAAUGUAUGGUACCCCUGCCCACAAAGGUCUGGUCUGACUCACCUGCUUCUUUUGUGUACAAACUUUUAACUGUCCGACGAACAGUAUUUAUUGAAGGUGACUUUGUACUGCACUAAAGUCUAUUGGUAUUAUCUGUUGUAAUAAAUAAAGCCACUCAUGUGACAAA